UUCAUCCGCAUCCUGUCUACUGACACCAUGGGCUGCUGUGGUUGUGGAAGUUGUGGUGGCUGUGGUGGCGGCUGUGGUGGCUGCGGUGGUGGCUGCGGUGGUGGCUGCGGUGGUGGCUGUGGUGGUGGCUGUGGCAGCUGCACCACCUGCAGGUGCUACCGGGUGGGCUGCUGCUCCAGCUGCUGUCCCUGCUGCCGCGGCUGCUGUGGGGGCUGUUGCAGCACACCCGUGAUCUGCUGCUACCGCCGCACCUGCCGCUCAUGUGGCUGCGGCUGUAGGAAGGGCUGUUGCCAGCAGAAGUGCUGCAGCCAGAAGCAAUGCUGCUGUUAGGUAGGGCCCUCAGCCUCUGGCAGCUGCUGCAGGUAACUGCUGUAGGUAAGCUUUCCCAUUCUGGCUGCCACUGACUAAUAGGACACAAGCAUGACCUGAACCUGUCACCUGCCCGUGAGUAUUUCACAUUUCUAUAGUUUUUUGUGAUUCUGCCUGCAUUCAAUCAUCAUCACCAACAAAAAUAACAACCAUGCAGCCUUCUAUGUUGAUUACAACUCAAGUCAUGACCUCAACAAAAUGGAGUGAAGAUAGUUAGACCUUGAAAUGCCUCUAAGGUUGCUUUCAUUUCUGUGCUGUUUUUACCGCUGCCUGGGUAUAUUUGUAUACACAA